AUGAACGAACCGAAUAAUACGAACAACGGUUACGUCAGGUCUUUUCCGGAGGACUUCAAUUUUGACAUGCCCAUUAAUUUGCAAGCCCAAUCUCAUGCUCAAAAUUUCCUUCCUUCUGCCUUCGAUAAUGUCGAUAUGACGUCUAUGGAUAUUAUGAACUACGAAAAUGCCGGAAAUUAUACCGCCAAUUAUGUACCAUAUCAAGUUAAUCCCCCAGCUUCAUAUUUCCAUCCGGGCAAUACCGACACAAUGGAUGGACAGUUGAACAUAACGAAUCACGAUCAAGUCGAAAACAGUUCUUGUCCGCCUCCAGUAUCUUUUCAGACACUCUGUGGCCCCUCCGUCUCUCAUUCUGACACGACGAAUGAUGGUCCGGCAGAUAAUAAUUUUCAACAUCUUAACAAUACAUGUAUUUCAUACAUCCUUAUACAAGUGCCCACAAGCAACGAAUACGUUGUUAUGAGAGAAGAGCGUACUCAAUCAGUGCUGGGCAGAAUAUCGGCGGCUGCUAGCAUUGGCGAAAUGUUUGCUCUAACCGAAUGUGAGAAAGAAAUUAAAGAUCGUUUAUGUAUCAAGUCUUUUUUAGUAUUAAAUAAGUUUUUUUUUGUGGUGGAAGAUAUUACAUCAAUAUAA